AUGGUUUUUGUUGUUAAAAUCUUGAGAACAGGCCUUGGCUUUGUAUCAGAAGCAAUUCAUACUGCCAAGGAUCGCUCCGCAUCAAACGAUCAAGCCCUAUAUAAUUUGCCCAACGACUGCUUGGCAGACAAAUUCGAAACCCCGGCCUCUGACCAGAAAGCUUGUGCUGACAGCUCUCUUUCGUCUUCACCAUCGGAACAGCCACACGAUCGCAAUAUCAUCGAGGGAGAAUUACACACUUCUCAUGUCGGAAGAGAUCACUCGUUAGAGUCAGUGGCUAGUGCCGACCAGGACGAGGUCGCGUGGCAACUUGAUGAUUUGAUUGAGUGUUUAGAACAGCCAGACUCCAGUGAAAACUCGGAUUCGCUCCCCCAUAGCGAUAAUUUGACCGAGCUACAUGGCGGGCCAGAGCAAGAUGAGGAAGAGAAAAUCAAACAGAGAGAAGCGUUAGCCCGUGAGCUGCUUGCCAUUGCAGGGCCCGCUCCGGAAGAAUUACAGCGACUUCCUUGUCCCGUCAUAAUUCCUCAACGUCGACCGAGAAACAAAGACCGUGGAUUCGUACGCGCAUAUGCACCCGACCUCGACAAAUGCGGUAUCAAGCAAGAAUUCUUUUUGCAAUUCCUUCAGUACCUUGACACGGUUAAUCGCGCAUCUGCCUGGAUUGAAGUUGUUUUCAUCGCCGCUCAGAUCACAUCAUCGCUUCCAUUCCCCGCGGCCAUGGCUGUAGGUACGGUUCUAUCGGUAAUCGCAGGCACCGCUCGUGAAUUACAGAAACGUACUCGUUCAAACACUUUUCUCGAGAUGGUCAAUCGUGACAUUUUCAUGCCACGCGGGUUAUUUGUCAUGGUGAUGGCGUUCAAACCAGAUGAUAGCGAGCAACAAGGACCACUGGGAAAAGCUACCAAUUCACUAAAGGAAUCUCUCUUCAAGAAAGAGAAAGUGGACAUCAAUCAGGCAGCUAUGAAAUGGAGCGAUACUGAUUCAAAGAGGUCAAACUUCGGAAAAGCACUUGACAAAAUCCGGGUGCAGAGCGGCGAAACCAAGUCUGAGUUGGAGUUACCCGAGCGUGCAAGCCUAAUCUACCCCCAAUUAGAUCAGAUUGCCUCGGGUACUUACAAGGAAGAGCAGUCACAGGGGAUUAUUGAAAAGAUUAGGGAUGCCGGGCAAUGGGCCACCGACUAUAUGGACAGAAGGGCGAUGGUUUUCUAUGAGAAAAAACACCCUGGGACCCCAAUGGUUGUACCUUCUGAACAGCGGAAGCCUAUGAAGUCACGCUUCAAUGAUCCAGAUCAUCCAGCGAACAGCGGAUCGAUUAUCUCUCUUGUCACGGGCGGUCUUGUUCCUCUGCCAGGGCCGGGCAAACUACUCGCUAAGAGGAACGAGGCGCUAGGGAUCAACCGGCUGUUUGGCAAACCAGUAGAUUCCGAAGACGGGCGAGUGAUCCCCAGCACAGGAAAAUACUACAUCAAGAAAGUGUUUCAAAAAAACGUGUUAUAUCUUGCGGUCGUGAACCUUCCCACCGAAAAAGAGACCGAAGAUUUGAAGGCACAAUUUGACAAUAUGAUGGAGCAAAGCGAAAGCAACCGUUCGGAUGGAGAACCUAGUCAUGCUCCUCGACCGGAGACCGCCUCUGAACUCAACUCCGACAGGACCCUAACUUAG